AUGUUACGUUAUUUAAGGUCAACUCAUAUAAUAUACGCAAUAUAUAUACUCUGCUCAUUAUCUAUCUAUCUAUCUAUCUAUCUAUCUAUCUAUCUAUCUAUCUAUCUAUCUAUCUAUCUAUCUAUCCACUCUUCAUUAUCUAUCUAUCUAUCUAUCUAUCUAUCUAUCUAUCUAUCCACUCUGCUCAUUAUCUAUCUAUCUAUCUAUCUAUCUAUCUAUCUAUCUAUCUAUCUAUCUAUCUAUCUAUCUAUCUAUUUUGAUCCUUCCUAUCUAUCUAUCUAUCUAUCUAUCUAUCUAUCUAUCUCAAUUUGUUCAUAUCAGUCUGUUCAUAUCUAUCACAGUCUGUGCAUAUCUAUCUAUCUAUCUAUCUAUCUAUCUAUCUAUCUCAGUCUCUUCACAUCUAUCUCAGUCUGUUCAUAUCCGUCUGUUCAUAUCUAUCUAGGCCUGUUCAUAUCUAUCUAUCUAUCUAUCUAUCUAUCUAUCUAUCUAUCUAUCUAUCUAUCUCUAUCUAUCUAUAUAUAUAUCAGUCUAUCUAUAUCAUCUGUUCAUAUCUAUCUCAGUCUGUUCAUAUCAGUCUGUUCAUAUCUAUCUAUCUAUCUAUCUAUCUAUCUAUCUAUCUCACUCUUCACAUCUAUCUCAGUCUGUUCAUAUCCGUCUGUUCAUAUCUAUCUCAGUCUGUUCAUAUCUACCUUAGUCUGUUCGUAUCUAUCUAUCUAUUUCAGUCUGUUCAUAUCUACCUUAGUCUUUCGUAUCUAUCUAUCUAUCUAUCUAUCUAUCUAUCUAUCUAUCUAUCUAUCUAUCUAUCUCAUCUGUUCAUAUCUAUCUAUCUAUCUAUCUAUCUAUCUAUCUAUCUAUCUAUCUAUCUAUUUAGAUCCGAUAAAAUUAUCAACAUCGCCACCUGACAAUUUCAAGUUCUACCCAUCAUUUUUUUUUAUCUCGUUCAAUACAUUCAUUUCACUAUUUUUCUAUUUUUCUCUUUUCUUCCUAUUAUUUUAUUCAAUUUCAACGUCGCAUUUUUUCACUCUUACAUUUGCUUUCAAUUCGCUGUCGGCCAAGGCCUCUUUUCACGCUAGGCCAGUUCUCUCGGAGUUCCCUUCCGACCUCUCCGUCAUUGUGUACCAGAGCCUGGCGUUGCUGGCUUUCAUUCUUCACGCCAACAGCCACUGUCCUCACUCAUUCCAUCUCAAUUGUAUCCUCUUUCUGUGCAGUGCUUUUUCGCGCCGCGAACCGGACAGUCAUACAAUAACAAUCUAUCUCAAUCUGUUCAUUAUCUAUCUAUCUAUCUAUCUAUCUAUCUAUCUAUCUAUCUAUCUAUCUAUCUAUCUAUUACAGUUUGUUUAUCUAUCUAUCUAUCUAUCUAUCUAUCUAUCUAUCUAUCUACACAUACACACACAUAUAUAA